UUUGCUGGAGAAGCGUGAGGAACGCUGGAGGGCGCGCUGGUGACGGUUCGCGGCUGGUGCGAUGUCUGUGUCGCGGCAUGGGCACGGGGAGGGCAUCGAGGAAGAAGCGAGUCCCUUGGUCCGCUCUGCAGCGGAGGAAGAGUCGGGGCAGUCCGGAGGCAGCCCGAGUCCGGACUCGGGGCGUGUAGAGGGCCGUCCAGGUCACGGCAGCGAGCAGUCGUCGCACCGGCUGCUGGCGUACAGUGAUGCGCUGAUUUCUAUCAUAGCCACUGUCAUGAUUUUGCCUGUAAGCCAUACAAAAAUUAGAACAGACCAGGAACUGGAAGAAAGUCUGCAACAACUUCUUGCAACCAAAAUUGCUGUUUACAUCAUGACAUUUCUAAUAGUGACAGUGGCCUGGGCGUCACAUAUCAGAUUGUUCCAGGUUAUUGAACGAAUAGAUGACGUUCUUGCACUUCUCAACUUGGCAUGUAUGAUGCUCAUAACCUUCUUGCCUUAUACAUUUUCUCUGAUGGCUUCAUUUCCAGACGACACACUUGGAAUCCUGUCAUUUUGUGUUUGUGCAAUCAUCAUUGGAUUAAUUCAGGCUAUAAUUGUAAUUUAUGGAUUCCACCAACCUUAUUUAUUAAAUGCCCAUGUUUGUGCAAUAGAAGAUCGAAAUGCAUAUAAGUACCAAAUUCUAAAGGUGACUUUACGAGCACCUGCUCUGUUCUUCAUAGCAGGAAUCAUAUCGUUCAUCUAUUGUCCAGUGGCAUAUGUAGUGCUUGCACUUGUCAUCUUUCUCCCAUACGUUACUCAGAUUACACAGUGGUGUGGAAACAAAAUUAAGGGUCGAAAAGAAACACAAAGAGUGCUAUUUUACACAUUUCAUCCAAAUGAGCCGCUGAGCAAAGAGCGAGUAGAAGCUUUUAGUGAUGGAGUGUAUGCUAUUGUUGCAACUCUUCUUAUCUUAGAUAUAUGUGAGGACAAUGUUCCUGAUUCUAAAGAAGUUGCAGAAAAGUUCCAUGGUAAACUCUUCGAGGCACUUAGUGAGUAUGGUCCGGAAUUUUUAGCAUAUUUUGGUUCAUUUGUGACAGUUGGCCUUCUUUGGUUUGUUCAUCAUUCACUCUUUCUCUACAUCACUAAGACAACAAGACUAAUGGGCCUUCUGAAUACUCUCUCUCUCGCUUUCAUUGGUGGACUUCCAUUGGCCUUUAGGCUCACUCAUGAAUUUGCUGCCAAGUCACGCAAUGAAAUUGAGGCAAUUCAAAUUAAUUGUGUUAUAAUUUUUCUUGCAAGUCUUUUUCAGUUUGCAAUAUGGAUUGUAGCACUUUACAAUGAGAAGGAAACUUUGCAUCGCCAUAUCCGUUAUGGGGGCAAAGAGCAUACAUUUAUGUUUGCCAAGCUUUCACUUUAUCCUUCUAUUGCAUUUGUUACAUUCUGCUUGACAUAUAUUUUAAGUAGAUUUAGCACACAAAUUUUUCAUUUGAUGCAAAUUGUUGUUCCCUUUGCAUUUGUUCUUUUACGAAUCAUUGUCCGAAUUACUCUAAUUGUUGUGAAAUGGUUAUUUAAUCAAUUAAAACCAAGGACAUCAGUGUUGAAAGAGGAAGAAGAGUGUGCUGUCUCUGUGAGUGAGGGAUGAGAAAAGCAGUGUUGCAGUGCAUACAACAUGGAAAUGUUGAUUGGGUUGAAAAUGCUCUUAAACAUAUUUGAACUUUGUAAUAAUUUUCCUCGUUAUUUUGUUCACAAAACAUCUUAAUAUCUCAAAACUCAUAAAAUGAAACUUUAAAACUGAAAUGUCAUCGUAUAACAUAGUUAUGUGGCAACAUAGAUGAUAAAAAAUGUUGUAAAAUUACAUUCCUUGUAUAUCCAAAUAAUGUUAUUUAUUUUGUACCUAAUUUUUGUCUAAAUAUUUUACAUGCACCAUUUUGUGUGUAAAAAAAGAUUUGAAUAAUUCAGCAAUGGCGUAGUUUCAGUGUUAUUAUUACAAUAACAAUGUUUCAGUACAAUUUUCAAUUUUCUGUAUUAAUUCAAGUUUCAUUUUUGUCCUUUUUCUUAACAUGAAACACAAUUUUCAUUUUUUUUAUAUUGCAUUUUUCUAAAACAACUACAGUAUUAUCUUAGUGACAAUUUUACUGUAUGUAAGUCGGUAAUACUGAAGAAAUAAGUUGCUUUAACAAUUGAUAUGUUUUUAAGUAUAGAACAUUCCAGAUAGACUCCUUAACCCUGUGACAAUAAUUUUCUGAAAUAACAGAUUUAUGUUCCACAGAUAAAUCCUUCAAUCUUCAUGCCUGUUCACAGAAUCUAUUACCUUUUAAAUGAUCACCUCCAACAGCAUAACUGAUUAUGUUGUUGUAGCAGUUAUUAUAAAAUAAGUUAUAGCAUGAAGUAAUAUUUUUGAAUAAGCUGGGAAAAAUCAUUGUACAGUGGAAUGGAAUUAUGUAAAAUCUUGCAGUACCUUUUAACCUUUGUUUUAAAAGUCUUCAAAUUUAUCAGUUGUUAAAUUGUCAUCUUAUUCUAUGUCCAUGCUGAACUUUUGUAGUGUUUAUUGUCAGAUGCUGAUUGUUCUGGAUCUGGAAAUUUAAGUCUGCAAUAUCAAUGUAAGUGAACAGUUAUGGCUUUA